UGUAUCACUUUGCACAUACUCUAAAUCAAUAUAUAAAUGAAUGUGUUUUUUUGCUAUAGUUUGUGUAGAGGUUCUUAUGUUAUAUAUCUGAGCCGCCUUGUCCUGCGAACAGCGGUUGUUGCCUGGAAUCCAAGAUGGCGCAGUUCUUAGGUACCGUUAUCGGUACAAAAAUGGACAAAACAGCAAAGAUCCUUGUUACUAGAAUGGUGCUUCACCCAACUCUUAAAAAGUACUGGAACAAGAGAAAAGUAUAUUUCGCACACGAUGAAGACAACAAAUGCACACGAGGCGACGUUGUCAGAAUAAAGGAGUGUCGUCCGUUGAGUAAGAUGAAGAAAUUUAAUGUUGAAGAGAUAGUAGAAAAAGCACAACAAGUGGUGGAUGCCGACACAGGGGAAACGCACCUUCAGGACAAUAGAGAAUGAAAAAAUGCUAGUCUGCAACUUGAUGGACAAAGGUGGUAAAAGUUUUCUUCCGGGUACAAAUACAAGAAAACAGUCAAAGUGAGCCUGGAUGCAACAUACGUCAAGACUUUAAUGCUAUACAGGGAUAACGGGACAAGUGUUAAUAAUACAAAACAACAGGGACAGCAAUUAACAAAAGCCUGGGUCAUCAAAGGAGCACAAUUUUACCUGCAAUUCUCAGUGGAUCCUAACAACAUAUCAGGUGGAUUAGCCACAAUAACACAAACACUUAUGGUAUUCUUCAGCCAAACUUGUCUCUCGAUAUAAUGAUGGAUCAUUGAAUAAACUGUGAACCAAGGCAAAUCAUGUACCCUAAAGCACAAAGCCUUGAUUAAACAAAGAUGAAAGUCAUAAAGUUCCAAUACAGGGUUGCAUUCAAACAGUCUUUGAUAUGAUUAGAAUGGUUUGAUUCUUUUAGGUCAUGGUGCAAUACUUUUCGGGCUUGCACAGCUAACAUGUACAUUGAGAUAAUUAUUUUAAGGAUAAACAUUAAAUUGAGUUAUAAGGUUUUAAAGUAAAAAUUUCACUCCAGGAUUCAUCACUGAAUCAAUAGGCCAUUCCAGCUAUAAGCUUGCACUAGCAUUACAAAAAACCCUACCUCAACUACCAGAUUUCAGGGUGUGACUUUUAAAGAUUGCAUCAAAUGAAGCUCAGGCUGCAUAAAGGUAGUUGAGGUAGGUUUCCAUGUCGAGUGAGCACGCAUGUGGAUAUAUAUAUAUUUUAUCAAGGUUUAAGGAAGGUGUUUUGUUUUCAUGAUAUGUGUAGGUUUGUACAAUUUUCUUUGGUUCAUUGGAACAUCCCCACUAUACAGGUCAGUGAAUGUUAUAAGAUUAAUAUGCAUUCUUCUUAGAUAACGAUUCACAUUUGCCCAUCUUUUUAUUAUUAUUUUUUUCUGUUAACAUUUCCAGACUUUGUCUUCAAUGACAAUAUAAAAAAGGUAAUAUGUACAAUCAAGUAAUCUAUUUACAUUUUAAAUAUACAUAAAUAUUUUAUUACUUAAUUAAUCAACCAGCCUUUUUGAAGUUCUACUGUAUUUCAUAUAUGUGGGAAGCUUGUAGUAAACCUGGAGAUUGAGAUAUUGCAUGACAUUGGCCAGUAUGGAUUACAUGACAUAAUCUGGAGAUUGCAUGACAUUGGCCAGUAUGGAAUUCAUGACAUAAUCUGGAGAUUGCAUGACAUUGGCCAGUAUGGAUCAGCCUAUUGAACUACCCUUAGGCAGGAGGAAGACAGCAUUUGUCUAUCAACACAUGUGGAGACACAGUAUGUCAGUAUGCCAGUAUGUCAGUUUUUUUUUUCAUUCCUGUUUUUACUGUAUAUCAUAGUC